GACUGACGAGUUGCGGCUUCGAAGCAAUUGCUUACAGGAGACAAUGAGUCUGUCCUAUGACUGACUACCUUAAAAGAGAUGUCACAUCUAUCUACCCAGUCACUUCCGAUCGAGGGGUCCGUCAUUGAACGUAUCUCAAACUCGAGAGGCCAAACACUCCUGUUUCUAUAUAAACAUGGCUCGCUCCCAUUCACAAAUCUAUCGGCAUCUUCUUUGCACGACAUUGGAGCCGUCUUAUUAUAAACAAUUCCCGAUACUAGCCAAAGACAGCACUGAGUUUUACUAAAACACAUUACCUAAUUGGAGAACGACAAGGAUGACUUCAAAUAAACCAUAUGACCAGUCAAUCGUCGCCACCUUGUCGAGUAUACCUGAUGCCGAAGCGACAGCUCAUUAUAUCAAGGAUGAAACUGGGUCGCUAGUCGAGAGAGCACUGGCAAGUGGUCCUAUGGAUAACCAGAUCUCUCGGAAAAUCCGUACAAAAAUUGACCGACGGGUCUUGCCUCUUCUAUGUAUAACCUAUGCUUUUCAAUUCAUGGUCAAGACGUCAAUGGACUAUUGCUCUGUCUACGGGAUUUUCCCCGAUUACAAACCCCAUGGCCAAGAUUAUUCAUGGAUCAUUUCCAUCUUCUAUUUCGGUUAUCUCGCUGCCGAGUAUCCCAGUCUCGCUAUUAUGCAGAAGUUUCGACUAGCUAAAUUCUUGGGAGUCAAUAUGAUUCUAUGGGGUGCAAUCCUCAUGACAACCGCAGCGUGCUCUUCUUUCGCAUGCUUUGCCACCGUGCGAUUCUCUUUAGGUGUGGUCGAAGCGACAAUAUCACCUGGAUUCGUAGCUAUCACGGGAAUCUGGUGGACUAGACAGGAGCAAGCUAGUCGUUCAUCCCUCUGGAUCUCGUUUUUAGGAGUUGGCAGCUUCAUCGGAACGCUGCUAGUUUAUGGUCUUGCUCAAGAGCAUGCACAACUAGGUGGUUGGAAGCGCACCUUCUUAAAGUUAGGAGGCCUUAAUCUCAUUUGGGGAGUGCUAUUUUCACUUGCUAUGCCAGACAGCCCGGUAACCGUCACAUGGCUUAACGAGAACGAGAAAAUUGCCUCUAUUCAACGAGUGAUGGGCAAUAAAACCGGCACGAGAUCUCGUCGCUUUGUUAAAUCCCAGGUCGUCGAGGCGGUUACCGAUCCUAAGAUUAUCAUCUUGGGCUUAAUCUCCUUCGUCAACGCCAUCGCAUCCGGCGGACUCGUGUUCGGUUCAUCGAUUAUUCAAGGUUUCGGUUUCGAUCCACUCGAAACUGCUUUGUUAAACCUGCCCCUAUCCGUAAUCCAGGUUGGGACACAAAUUGGAUCGGGAUUUCUGUUUGCUCGCAUUCGCAACUCUCGCUUACAUAUUGCAUCUCUAGCAAUGAUUCUUCCAAUCGUAGGUACGAUGUUGAUCAACCAGCUCCAGCCUGCUAAUAAAUGGGGACGACUUGUCGGGGUUUGGCUAUUGGGCUCCUAUCCCGUGGGCUUCAUGACAAUCCUCGGCCUGCUCUCAACCAACAUCGCGGGUACCACCAAGAGGUCCGUCGCUUCGGGCUGGGUAUUUGUCUGUUACUGCGCCGGCCAUAUCUUCGGGCCGCAAUUCUUUAAGAGCACCGAGGCACCAGCAUACCGCAACGGUAUUAAGGCUAUAUUCUAUUGUUUCGUGAUGAAUAUACUCCUGAACCAGGUAUUGCGUAUUAUUUAUGACCUUGAAAACAAGAGGCGAGACCGGUCCUUGGAGGGAAAAUCAGAAGAUGAAGUCUUAGCGACGAAGAGAUCCAGUGAACUACAGGGUUUUAAGGAUGUCACCGAUAAGGACAAUGUCAUGUUCCGUUAUGCUUUGUAAUCGAUGCUUAGAUGCGUUUGGCAUGUAUGGGGCUAUUGCCGGCUCUGUAGAGACUACCUAAGGCCAGACCUGGGAAGUGUCAUGUUUCUUAUUAAACGAAUAUAAAAUCGUAUCUAAAUACCUAUCUCCGUUGUGAUAUCGCUCUGCUGCGUCUCUAAGUUGCUCCUUAGAUUCGCAUUGCGUGCGUCUGUG